ACCUGUAGACGUUUGUAUCAAAGACUGCAAAGAGUAUGUGUACGAAUCAAGUUCAAGUUCAAUUAUGUCUGAAUUCGACCUGGCAUGCGGAUAUAGAUCUUUCUUGAAAGCCUUCUCAACCUCAAGUUUCUGGUUUGGAUUUUUCCUCUCUUGUAUUUUCAUCGCUCCAUUUAGCGAUAAGUUUGGACGAAAAACAUCAGCCGCGUUUUUGCUCAUAUGUCAAGCAAUUACUACAACUUUGACUAUAUUUUCGCCAAAUAUUUACUUCUACAUUUUAUUUCGAACCCUUUCCGGGUUUUUGGUGAUUGGAACUAGUAAAAUUUUCGUCUUAGCAAUGGAACUUGUCGGUAAAAGAUGGGCUGCGUCAACCGGAACAAUUGUCCAGUUGUUCCAGUGUUUUGGUGAAAUAUUUUGCGCCUUGUCUGGCGAGAUUCUAUUCGAAUCAUGGCGCAAACAGGCUUUAGCCAUAGCUGUAAUGGCAGUUAUUAGCGUGCCUUUUUUUCUGGUCCUAGUUCCGGAGAGUCCACGAUGGUUGAUAUCUCAAGGCAGGCUUAACGACGCCGAAAAACAUUUAAAAUGGAUGGCCAAACUAAACUGCAAAGAUGCGUCUUUUCUCAACUUACAAGUUUCCAAUGGACUUCAGCCACUGAAUAAAAAAAUCAUCUGCGCCUCUUCUUCGGAAAAAGGAGAUAAAACAAUUAACGAAACUUCAAGUUUACUUGAAAAAGAACCAAACAAAAAAUCAUUCCGGAAAAAAGACUCGCUAUUCUCAUUAUUUGCUACAAAAUAUAGCGCUAUUUUUACCAUUUCAACAGCUUUUUGCUGUUUGGCAAUUAAUUUAAUUUGCCACGGAAUCAGAUAUGCAGUGCAAGGAAUAAGCGGCGACUUGGUUGUAAACACUUGUUUGCUAGCACUAACUACAAUACCUGGUGUGUUAUUUAUUUUUGUCGUCGAAUACUUUGGUCGCAAAUACACUUUAGCUUUCCUGUUUCUGCUGUCUGCAGUUUGCAGUUUUAUCGUACCAUUGAUACCCUAUUCAAACUUGGGCGGGAACAUUUUGAUUAUUUUUACCAUGACUGACCGAUGCUUUGCUCAAGCAGCUAUUACGUUGUUCUACGUUUACGCUUCGGAAGUGUUUCCGACAACCUUGAGAAGUACUGGACUCUCCUUUUGCAUCGCCGUUUCAAGAUUUGGACCCUUUUUGGCGCCUUUUAUCAACGAACUCAAAGUGGGUUCUAAUAAUCUAAUUGGGUUCUUUGUGUUUGGGGCAUGUGGUGUUCUUGGAUCGCUUGUCUUGAUGAUUUUCGGAGUGGAAACGAAAGGCAAAAGCUUGAUUUCAACGGUGGAACAGUAUCACUACAGAUCAAAAUUUAAAACGGAUCAGUAAACUUACAAACUUACAUUCGAUUGAGGGUGCCAAUAUAGGAUUUUAGAAAGCAAAUGGACAAGGUGUGCGGGGAGGGGGCAAUUUCUUCAAAAUAUUUGUCGAGCUUUUCAUUGAUUCAUAGACAAUUUUUAGUGCUCUUCGAAAAUGUUUGAAGCCGUUGUCGCUAAAUCUGCGUUCAUUUUAAUCAUUACUUCGUUGGCUCUUUUCCAAUUUCCCCACACACAUUUGCAGUUCAAUUUUGACAAACUACUUUAAUGUUGUCAAUUGGCGCACUGCAAUGAAACUUGGCAUGUUGAACACAAACACACUAAUUAUUGUGAAAAAAAAUAUUGCACUACAUACCUUACAUCGAUACAACACGAGUUUGGUCAUAAUUGCACGUAAAAACUACAAAAUCAGAAAUCGAAGUGGGAGGAGGUGAAAAGAGCCGCUUCAGGUAGUAUUUAUUGUUUUAUAUGUAUGUACUUAUUACAUAUCAGUGAUGUAUUGUACAAUUUCUAUAACUCUUUUGGUUUUUA